AUGAUAACUGCCAGGUUUCGACUUAAUAAUGAUGUAGAAAUGCCCGCCUUUGGUUUGGGCACCUAUCGUAUCAAAAAACCCGAAAUAGUCGAUUCCGUAGUCCGACAAGCAGUCAAAUGUGGCUAUCGACUGAUUGACUCGGCCGCUGUUUACAAAAAUGAAGAAGCCGUAGGGAAGACGAUAAGAAGCAUAAUUGAGGACACAUCAUCUGGACUCAAGCGGGAAGAUUUCUUCAUUACAAGUAAACUUGCCCCAAGAGAUCACGGAUUUGAGGCCGCUUAUAAUGCUUGUCUCACUUCGUUAGAAAAACUGGAUUUGGGUUAUCUCGAUCUCUUUCUUAUCCACUGGCCAGGGAGUCAAAAGCUUACGCAAGAUGACCCUCGGAAUGCAGUAAACAGACGGCAGAGUUACAAAGCAUUGGAAAAGCUUUACACAGAAGGCAAAGUCAGAGCAAUAGGGAUAAGCAAUUACACUCUUGCUCAUCUCGAAGAUCUUUUAACUUAUUCCUCCAUCACACCACAAGUGCAUCAAUUCGAGGUCCAUCCUCUGUUGUAUCAGACGGAAUUGAUUGACUUUUGCAAACGGCACAACAUUCUAGUUCAAGCCUAUUCUAGUCUUGGAGAAGGCAAGCUCGUAGAUGGAAGCUAUAAUAUUGAGGGAGUAAAAACCAUGGCCCAGAGGCAUGGAGUGAGUGAAGCCCAGGUGUACCUGCGUUGGGGAUAUCAGCAUGGAUUUGGUGUUAUACCAAAGAGUACCAACCCUCAGAGGAUACAGACAAACAGUGGGAUAUUUCAUUUUGAGUUGGAUGAUGAGGAAAUGGCAUAUUUGAAUAGUCAAACCGAAAGAAAAAGAUUCUGUUGGAACCCAAGCUAUAUUACAAUGUUUAAAGCAUCAUCUAAACGUAUUGCUUUAACAAUACAGAGACUUCCGCCACUUACGCAGAGUGCGAUAAACAAUAAAACUUUAUGCAAUUUCAAGCUAUCCACACCAAAAAGGGAGUUUUGGCUUCCACUUGUUAACAAAACUAUUCCCACACACGUUCAGAAAUCAUCCUUUUCUGUCAAACGUUCGACAUAUCACUCACGCACACCACUUUCAACUAAUCACUCUUUCCCAAUUGGUCGUCUAAAUCAAACGUAUACCAGUUUGAUCAUAGAUGCGUCAAGAGAGACACGUAGGAUAUUAAAAUAUUUUGGCAUCGGGCUAGUUACAAUCGGUUUGCUAACUUUGAUAACAUGGAGAGGCAUACACUUAUACAUUGAACACUUCUAUCACCCUACACCUUCGACUCUACCCAGAUUAGCCAGGGAUUGUCUCAGAGGAGCUUAUGUCCGCGAGGAACUCUAUCCUGAUUCUCAUUUGGCUGAACAGUACCUCCAACAUGCUUUAAGAAUAGCCAUUCAAGAACAGCAACUUCCACCUGAUCAUCCAAUUGUCCUAGACAUAAUAUUACGUAUGGCCAAUAAUUCUGCAAUGAUUGAAAAUUACCAUGAUGCACUCACCAGAUACGAAUCCGUUUGGCAAAUUCUAGUUGAUUCUGGGACAGAGGAGAACAUGGAUAAAGCCAUCGAGGUUUCAAAGAAGAUUUCGUGGGUGUAUAUGAAUAUGCAAGAUUAUAAAAAAGCUGAAAAAUAUCUUAGAUGGGCCAUUGGGAUUAUGAGCCAAAAGGGCGAUGGUGGUAAUAGUGGCACAAAUGCUGGAAGCGCUGCUCUGGCAGUAGUGAAUACGAACUUUAUUGAACACAUCCUAUUAUUAGCAGGCAUCUAUGCACAGCAAAAGCUUUAUAACAAGGCGCUUGCUUUAUAUGUUGGCAUUCUGAAACAACUGAAAGAAUCGAACUCAACUGAUCAAUCAUUCAUCUGCUAUGAAGCAAUAAUAAGAGGACAUAUAGGUGAAAUUCUCUACGGUCAGAACAAAUUGGAAGAUGCCAUGGGUUGGUUGCAACAAGGUCUUUUACUAACCAAACAAGGAUCGGGAAUGCGUGCUUGUGACGAAUGUGCUGGAGUUAUUUUCAAUAACCUUGGAAUGAUACACGAAUUAAAGGGGCAGAUGGAAGAUGCUAGAAAGUUUUAUCAAAAUGCUGUGGGAUAUGCCGAGAAAGCGGGAGAUAUUCGAGGUAUUAACGAGUUUCAGAAAAGGCUGGAUAACAUUAACCAUCACAAAAGUUAG